CUUUUUUUUUUUUUAAUUUUUUUUUAUUUUCAAGAAUUUCUCUGUUCUGUUCUUGACAAAAGCACCAAUCGUCCGUGUGCUUUAUCACUUUCUUCACAGAUCCCUUCUCCCGCUACUCCCUCUCACUUUCUCACUCCCUACGAGAAUUCAAAAGCUAAACCCCCUCCCAGAAAAAUGUAUUCAAGAUUUUGAGAGAUUUUCAGUUCUGGGAGGAGGAGAAGAAGCAUUCAGAAAGGAUUUUCUUUCCUUUUUCUUUUUUUUUUUGUUUAAUUCUUGAUAUUAUUUUCUUACGGGGGAGUGAAGAUGGGAAUUUGUACUUCCAAACCCAGACCCUUUCCGGAACCCAAUUUAUCAGAUGAGUGCAAGAACGCUGCUGUUUCGGCCCAGGAUCAGGAGAACGCCGUUCCGGCGGGGAACAACGAUGUUAAUGCGAAAAGUUCUGGCAAUCUUGAUGAGAAAAAUAGGAACGAGGAAAAGUCAGGAGGAGGUAAGAAAUCUCCCUUUUUUCCUUUCUACAGCCCUAGCCCAGCGCAUUAUUUGUUCUCCAAGAAGUCUCCGGCGAGAUCUCCGGCGCCGGGGUCAGUAACGCCGAGGAGAUUUUUCAAACGGCCGUUCCCGCCGCCAUCGCCGGCGAAGCACAUCAAGGCGGUGCUGGCGCGGCGGCAUGGCUCUGUGAAGCCGAAUGAGGCGGCGAUACCAGAGGGGAAGGAGGUAUCCGAGGCGUUGAGUCUGGACAAAAGUUUUGGGUUCCCGAAGAAGUUUUACGACAAGUAUGAGCUUGGAGAGGAGGUCGGGAGAGGACAUUUUGGGUAUACUUGUCGGUCGAAGUUCAAGAAAGGUGAGCUCAAAGGGCAGGAAGUUGCCGUUAAGGUCAUUCCAAAAUCAAAGAUGACCACCGCUAUUGCUAUUGAAGAUGUGAGAAAGGAGGUGAAAAUAUUGAGAGCUUUGACGGGACAUAGCAAUCUGAUACAAUUUUAUGAUGCUUAUGAAGAUCAUGACAAUGUCUACAUCGUGAUGGAGUUAUGUGAAGGAGGGGAGCUUUUAGAUAGAAUACUUUCAAGGGGUGGGAAGUACACAGAAGAGGACGCAAAGACCGUGAUGAUACAAAUACUGAAUGUUGUUGCAUUCUGCCAUCUCCAAGGGGUGGUCCACCGGGAUCUUAAACCCGAGAAUUUCUUGUUUACUUCAAAGGAAGAAAACUCGUUACUGAAGGCCAUAGAUUUUGGUUUAUCAGACUUCGUGAAACCAGAUGAAAGGCUUAAUGACAUUGUUGGCAGUGCAUAUUAUGUGGCUCCUGAAGUAUUACAUCGAGCGUACAGUACCGAGGCUGACGUUUGGAGUAUUGGUGUAAUAGCAUAUAUCCUGCUUUGUGGGAGCCGCCCAUUUUGGGCUCGAACUGAGUCUGGCAUCUUUCGUGCUGUUGUAAAAGCUGAACCAACAUAUGAAGAACAACCCUGGCCAACUCUGUCUUCUGAGGCCAAAGAUUUUGUGAAACGUCUUCUAAAUAAGGAUCCAAGGAAAAGAAUGACUGCAGCUCAAGCCCUUUGUCAUCCAUGGAUAAAAACUUCUAACGACGUAAAGGUUCCUUUGGACAUACUAAUAUUUAAGCUCAUGAGAGCUUAUAUGCGUUCAUCUCCCCUCCGGAAAGCUGCUUUACGGGCUUUAUCAAAAACACUGACUGCUGAUGAACUUUUCUAUUUGAAGGAGCAAUUUGCUCUAUUGGAGCCAAACAAAAAUGGCACCAUAAGUUUAGACAAUGUCAAAGCGGCCUUGAAGAAGAACGCAACUGAUGCCAUGAAUGAGUCACGCGUUUAUGAUUUUCUUGCUUCACUUAAUGCACUUCAAUACAGAAGGAUGGAUUUUGAAGAAUUCUGUGCUGCUGCAUUAAGUGUCUAUCAGUUGGAGGCUCUCGAGAGAUGGGAGCAACAUGCUCGUUGUGCCUAUGAACUCUUCGAGAAGGAUGGGAACCGUACUAUCAUGAUUGAGGAGUUAGCUUCGGAACUCGGGCUUAGCCCUUCGGUUCCUGUUCAUGCCGUUCUCCAUGAUUGGAUUAGACACACUGAUGGAAAACUUAGUUUCCUUGGAUUUGUCAAGCUAUUACAUGGUGUUUCCAGCCGUUCACUUGCCAAAGUACAUUGACACUUAUGGGGAAAAGUUGACAAACCUUGAUUCCUGUUACUUCCUCAUGCCCCACGAUCUUUUGCAAUAACAGGGGAGGCUGAUAAGAGGAGAUACAGAUCACUCCCCAUACCCCCCCGAGUUGCAAGACGAAGGGUAAGUUUCAAGUGACAUUGAUGAGGCGCAGUGGGCAUUGCUGGGAUUUCAGAAAGGGCAUCCAAGAAUUUACUUACUGGUGUAAAGUUUGUAGUUAAAUUUUGUGUCCGAUUGCAGCUGAGAAUAUUUCGAUGCUGGUUUUAGUGAAUAUUCUUACACUCUCAUAUUCUAACAUAUAUUGGAGACACAGACAGCCCUGACAUCAACAGUCUUGUAUCUCCCUUUCCCACCUAAUUUCGUGCUAAUGUGUUGAUUACUUCUA